UCUCAGUCUUUCACAAUCAGAGAUGAUGGCAAAGCUGUGGAUCUGUCUCCUGGUGCAGUUAUUUUUUAUGCUGGACACAACAGGUGGAUAUUACUAUGAGUCAAGAACGCAGUGCAUUCACAGCUCCAGAGAUUUAAGUGAUAUGGUUAUGUUACAUACUGAAAUUUUCAACAAGAUUAGGUACAUCUGGUUUAACAGUACAGUCGGCAAGUUUCAGGGCUACACUCACCAUGGCAUUUAUAAUGCAGAGAAAUUUAACAAUGACACAGUGAUCUUGGAAAUGGUGCAAGCUGUUGUAAUUGUCAUCUGUAAGCCAAAUGUACAGAAUUAUUACCCAGCUAUAAUUGAUAAGUCAGUUGAGCCGGAGGUUGAAGUGAAGUCAGUGAAGCAGUCAGACGGCUCACAACCUGCUAUGUUGAUGUGCAGUGCUUACAGCUUUUACCCAAAGUUCAUUAAAAUGACCUGGCUAAGAAAUGGGAGAGAAGUUCAGGGAGGUGUGACGUCCACAGAGGAGAUGGCUGAUGGAGACUGGUACUAUCAGGUCCACUCAUAUCUGGAGUACAUGCCUGAAUCUGGAGAGGAGAUCUCCUGUGUGGUGGAACACGCCAGCUUCAAAAAGCCCAUGAGCUAUAAGUGGGACCCCUCUCCUCCUGCAUCUGAUAAGAGUAAGAUCGCUAUCGGGGCUUCAGGGCUGGUGUUGGGAAUCGUGCUUUCAGCUGCUGGGUUCAUCUACUACAGGAAGAAAUCCUCAGGACCUUACUGAGGUGAAGAUCAGAGUUUAACAUGUGAAAAUAAAAACCAGUAAACAGUACAGCAGUAACAGCACUCAGUGAUCUUUUUUUUUUCUCAAAUCAAAUCAAAUAAGGGCUUACAACCUUCUGACAUGUUGUCUAAUCAAUUUUGUCAUAAUUAAACUUGACCAAAUAAUCACCUACACUUUGUUUAUUCAUUAGUACAAUAAAGGUUAUUUGGUAAAUAAGAAAUUGUACAUAAGUAGGCCUGUAAUUUUUUGGCUAUUUUGUACACAUACACUUGAGUCAAAGGAAAACACGACUACAAACACACAGCAGAUGCAUGUACAGUACUGUAACGUCCCCUCUCAUUUCUUCAUAUUUUGCUUCCAAACACCCAGAUUUAAUAAUCUUGAGGAAUAUUUCUACAGGCUUCCUUUAAGAUUUUAGGAUUUUUUGGUUCUCGCUUUUGGCAAGAUUUUGCCUUUCAUUUUCAGUCCAGUCCCUGUAUCUAAGUUUCAGAGGAAUGUUUUUAAUUGGUUAAGCCACACAGUGACCUGUGAAUUAUUCAAGCAUAAAAAAAUCUAACUUAAGACCUGUCCCAGUGAGAAACAGGUGCAGAUGAUGACAGAUGAUCAGGCUGGUGAUUAGUAUACUGCUGAUGCUGAAUGCUAUUCCUAUUUCUUUCAUUUUAUCCACAUAAUUUAAUUUUAUAUGAUUUUAUGUCAUUUAUAUGAUUUUAUCAUUUUAUUUAAUAUAAAGAAAUAAAGAGGAGGGGCUAAGAAUUUUAGUCAAGUUCUGUAUUUUUAGUUGUGGUACUGUGUAAAUGUCCUUCUUUUUAUACUCGAAAAAAUACAAUAAAAA